AUGGAAGUAGGUGGCUUCGCAAUGGGGGCCAUCGCCCUUGUCAGCCUUGCCAAAGAUUGCACCGAACUCUACGCCAUGUUCGUCUCUGCACAGGAGUUGGAAAAAGAUUCAUCAUCACUGGUGACAAAACUUGACAUUGAAAGAAACCGGUUCUUUACAUGGUCUGGGCGAGUUGAAUUACUUCAUCAAGAUGAGAACGGACUUGUAUUCGGCAAUAAGAGCACUGAUGAUCUUGUCAAGCGGAUUUUGCAAAUCAUUAAAGAUCUGUUGACUGAUGCAACCAGAUUGGAGAACAUGUACGGCGUUCAGAGAGUCGGGCCUGCGAAACAGUCCGAGUUGAGCGUCACGCCAAAGCCCAUACUCGAAUCUGCCAGCGAACUUCAACUGCCCCAGUUUGUCAGGGACUUUCGAAAGAUCAAACGCACAUUCUCAAGCUAUCGGUCUUCAAAGAUUGAUAGUUUCUCAAAGCAUUUCACUUGGGUCAUCAUUGACAAAGAAAAGUUCAAUAAGCUCAUCUAUGACCUCUCAUACUACAACACCAGACUAGACGAGCUGGUUCCAGGAUCUACUCCAUUUUCGACUGCGAAAGGUCACAACGGGACAAACUUGAGUGUUACUGUGGAGGUAUCAGAAGACAACUUGAAUCGACGGGAAGCAGCCAUGGCAGCCCGGUCCGAUGCCAUACGGGCUCGUGUACUAAAUACACUUUGGUUCCGUUGGCUUGACGAUAGAAGACUUACAGUUAAAGACGCCCAUGCACAGACAUUCUCUUGGGUUCUCGACCCAGACGUUGACACGGAAUCACCGAAUCAUCUUCCAACCUGGUUGCAAAGCGGCUCUGGGAUAUAUUGGCUUUACGGAAAGGCUGGAAGUGGGAAAUCAACGCUGAUGAAAUUUCUCCACGACGAUGAGCGUACCCAAAAGUACCUAAAAACAUGGGCUGGUGACUCGGAACUCAUCUCGAUAAGCUUCUUCUUCUAUGCCCUAGGGCAUCCUGAACAGAAGUCGCAACUCGGACUACUAAGGAGUCUUCUGUAUCAGAUACUCAGUCAUGAUGCUGCUCUGGCGGAAACCGCUCUUCCGAAUGUCUGGAGGGAGGCAAGCCGUGAUAAUGAGCAGAAACAUGAAGACCUAUCAAUGCCAUCCGUUGCGGAGAUGGUGAAUGCUCUAAAAUGCAUAUGCAAAAUGUAUCGAGCCACUAAGAAGAUGUUUUUCCUUAUCGAUGGCAUCGACGAAUACGAAGGCAACGACAUUGAUAUCGCUGGAUUCAUUUCUGAACUCGGAAAGUUCUCAGAUGUCAAAGUCCUCGUUUCAAGCAGACCCCAUCCGGCGUUCUUCACUAGCUUCAGAGAAUCGCCCAGUAUGGACCUCCCACGUUUGACAGAACAAGAUAUUGCUUCUUAUGUUGACGAUACUGUUGCUUCUCACCCUUACAUGAAAGAUCUUUAUGCUAUGGAUCCGAAUGCAGCACAUUCAAUAACCAGGUCCCUCGUUGAAAGAGCUUCUGGAGUCUUUCUUUGGGUUGUCCUAGUCUGCCGAUCCGUUAUCGAGGGCUGCGACGAAUAUGAAACAACUUCCGAUCUUCAAGCACGUGUUGACGAAUCUCCUAAAGAAAUCGAGGAUUUAUUUAAUCAUAUCUUCGAAUCAAUUCCACCACGAUGGGGGGAUGAAGCGACGAAGAUCAUGUUUUUGAUGUAUAAGAACGCAUUUGGCGGCGUUCAGACAUACAUUCCUCCGAUAUCACAGCUUGUGGGCCAGUUACACCAGAAGAAAUGGAAUCAAAAUGCAUCUCAAUGGAAAGAAGAUUACGAAGCAGAUGUCGUGGUCUCGUCGAAGUUAGACGUCCUCCGAAGCCAACCUAUGGAUUUGAUUGGUUUGGUGAAGGAGACAUCAAUGACUCGUCUAUUCGCCAUUGCUAUGUGGAUUACAUGCACCGAACCGUCUUUGAAUUUCUCUGGCCAAAGUUUCAACGUUUCGAUCCGAUUACUAUACAACAAGAUUUCGAUACUAGUCUGGUGUUGUGCAAUCUUUGGUGUCAACUCGCCGCCACAUGCCAUGAACAUCGAUCCUGUAAAAAACCCGGUAACAGAUAUAAGUCCCAUCUACGCCAGGAUUGCUUCUAUAACGCUAUUGGUAUAUUUCGAUUAG